AUGGAAAAUAUUGACCACUGCUCCAUGCAAUUGAUUAACAGAGAAGGAGAAUUCAAUGUUGCCGGAGUUAAAGAAUUCAUGCAGAAAACCAAGUUUUCUGAGUGCGGCCUCUCUUAUGCUGUUGUCGGCAUCAUGGGACCCCAAAGCAGCGGGAAGAGCAGUCUCUUGAAUCAUCUUUUCCAUACAAAUUUCGAAGAGAUGGAUGCAUCCAAAGGAAGGCCUCAAACCACCCAAGGCAUUUGGAUUGAAAAGUGUGCUGGUUUUGAGCCUUGUGUUGUUGCCAUGGAUUUGGAGGGUACUGAUGGAAGUGAAAGAGGCGAGGAUGACACUGCAUUUGAGAAACAAAGUGCUUUAUUCGCUUUGGUCAUUGCUGAUAUUGUGAUAAUAAACAUGUGGUGUCACAAUGUUGGUCUGGAGCAUGCUGCCAACAAACCUCUACUGAGAACUGUUUUUCAGGUUAUGAUGAAAUUAUUCAGUGCUCGGAAAACAACACUGCUAUUUGUAUUACGUGAUAAAACUAAGACCUCUCUACACUAUUUUGAGCAUACCCUGAGGAAGGCUGCAGAAAAGAUAUGGGAUUCAAUUCAUAAACCUGCAAGAUAUAUUGAUACUCCACUUAGUAAAUUUUUUAACGUGGAGGUUGUUGCUUUAUCAAGCUAUGAAGAAAAAGAGGAGCUGUUCAAAGAAGAGGUUGAUUCAUUGAGGCAGCAAAUUGAUUCUAUUUCUAAAAGAGAACUUGCUAGUGGUGAUAGAAACUAUUCUGUUCCCGCCUCUGGAUUUUUUGCUAGUGCACAACAUAUAUGGGAAAGUAUAAAAGAAAACAAGGAUCUGGAUCUUCCCACGCACAAGGUAAUGGUUGCCACAAUUCGUUGUGAAGAGAUUGUCAAUCAGACGCUUCAUCAGUUAUCUUGUAAAGAGGUAUGGCUAGCAAUGGAAAGAGCUAUUCAAUCUGGGCCAGGUUAUCCCAGUUUUGGGAGCAAGUUGACUAAAAUCUUAGACAUCUGCUUUAAUCUUGAAAUUCUUUACCAUAGAUAUGACAAGGAGACAAUCUACUUUGAUGAAGGUGUCAGAAAUGAAAAACGAAAACAACUGCAGUCAAAAGCUUUGGAUUUUGUGCGUCCUGCUUAUCUUAAGUAUUUGGAACAUUUACACUUCGAAGCACUGGAAAAUUUUAAGUCUAAACUGGAAGAUAAGCUAAACGAAGGAGUAGGAUUUGCAGCUGCUGCUAGAUUGUGUCUCAAUUCUGAAAUACUCCAGUUUGACCAAGCAUGUGCAGAGGCUGCCACCGAACAUCUUAACUGGGAUAAUUCCGAAGUCCGACAAAAACUUUUCCAUGAUAUUGAUUCGUCCAAAUCAACGAUUGCUGAAGAAAUUUUGUCUAAAUUGAAAGUUGGAUGUGAGGAAGAACUUAAUGGAGCACUGCAUGAACCACUGAAGUCCCUGCUUAAAAAUCCUAAUGAGGAGACCUGGGCUUCAAUAAGAGAGCUUCUUUCAUGUAAGACUCAGAUUGCUUUAUCGAAAUUGUUGGCUGGCAUUUCUGGCUUUGAGUUAGAUCAAGAGAAAAGCAACAAAAUGGUACAAGGUCUGAGGGACUACGCUAGAAAUGUAGUAGAGAGAAAAGCAAGAGAAGAAGCUGAAAAUGUUCUGCUCUCAAUGACAAUUAGGUUCUCAGUUAUCUUGACUGAUGCGGCUGGAAGAAGAGAUGACAGAACAACAAUUACUAGUAUUGCCCGCAAUGAGUCUCUUCGGCUCUUAUCUGUUAUGGCAGCCAUACGAUUAGAUGAAAAACCGGAUGAAAUAGAGAACAUACUGUUUUCCUCCCUCAUGCAUGGAAGUGAGUCUUCAGAAACUCUUGCCUCAAGCACAUGGCCGGAGGUUUCUCCAAAUGAUACGCUGAUCACACCAGAGGAAUGCAAAUCAGUAUGGGAAGACUUCCAAGCAGAGAUUGUCUCCAUUACUCAAGCUUUUCACGAUGGACAGGAUACAAGACAAUCACGAAAGCUUUACUGGCUAAAAUCGGCUUUAAAAUUGACUCUGCGGGUUGGACUUGAUACUGUGGGCGUUCUUUUCGGCUUAGGAGAGUUGGGUGAUUUUUUUGAUCAUAAUGGGCUUCAGUACCAAAUGGCGAGGCUGGAUCUCCCAGUGUAUCUCAACGGCCUCUAUCUCUGUAUUGAUCAAUGCUGCCAGUCAUUGAAAAAGUUCGUACAGGCUCACUUCCUGGAAAAAUCAAUAUCUCUCGAUAAUCGGAGAAUCAAGGAUUCUAAUUUUGCGGAGUUUAUGGCAAUCAAAGAGGGUCUUAGCUUCUUUGCUUCUUCUAUUUGGGCCCAUUCACACGUUCUUGUUGUGGAAAGUGAUUCUACUAAUGCAAUCAUUUGGUCCAACAAUCGUGCAGCCGUUUCUUGGUGGAUGAAACACAUUGCGAACCAUAUUGAUGUCCUCAUCAGGAUCCUCAAGGGAGUAACAUUGAAGCAUAUCCUACGGAAGGCCAACUCCAUUGCUAAUGAGUUUGCUAAAGCUGGGGUAUCUCGUUCACAGGAUUUACGUGCUUGA